AUGCCGCCACGAUUGGCUCAUCGAAAGUCCCGCGCUGGAUGUCGUCGUUGCAAGGAACGCAAAGUCAAAUGCACAGAAGAACGACCUUCUUGUGCAGCGUGUGGCCGCCACGGUGUUCCUUGCGAGUACGUCGAUACUGCCAUAGCAGCCUCCGUGCCUCGACGACCCAAAAGCUCUCCACCGCACCGCGAUCCUGCCCCCAGCAUCUCAGGCAGCACUGGUGAGCAUGGAGCCACCAUCAGCCCGCCUAGUGGGCUGGACACUCCCUACUCCGAUGACUUGGACAGCGUGAUCCCAGAAUCGCUCCGCCACCAGAUCGAGCUGUACCUUAUCCACCGCUUCAAGUCCUCUGUCAGCCCGGCAUUUCCGUCCGCGCAGACGCCGCAUCUGAAAGAACUCUAUGUCUGGCAUGCGAUGGAAGCUGCCUUUGACCACCAAUAUCUCCUCAACGCCAUCCUCGCCAUCACAGCGCUCUACCUGUGGACGUGCGAAGUGCAGCAACUCCCGGAAAGCCGGACUGUGCAAAUCCCAAAAGCAUUCCGCCAUGUUGACUUUUCCCAGCUGCACAGAGCAUACCUCAACCUUGCAAUAUCCGAGGAGCGUGACGCACUUUCAUCUCUGGGCCCUUCAAAUUCAGACGCCGUUGGCCUAACGUCCAUACUGCUAUCCAUAAUGUCAACCUGCCUUCUUUCCGACACUCCCACAUCCGACGAGAAUGAGUACUUCCCUCCAAUCCAGUGGCUGACAUUAGCCGGUGCGAUACAAACCGUUUUCCAAGCUGCGAUCCCUUUCCUGCCAGAAGGCGCGAUGAUGUUGUACCUCCGCGCCUCACGCGAGCCCAAUUUCCGCGACAAAAGCCUGCUCUUCGACCCUAACAAUGUGAUGCCUUUCGCCCGUGUCCUCGACUUUGAAGAUUCAGAGCACCCGUUUGCGAACCAGGCGGAAACAGAGCCGACCACCUACGAGGCAUAUCGCAGCGCACUCGCUGUCAUUGGAAGCAUAUAUAACGCUGCUCGUGCCGGCGAACCAGAGCACUACUUGUGCAUGCGCGUCGUGGCGUUUGGGCCGCUGGUGCCGAAAUCGUUUGUCAGACUCCUUGCGCAGAAGAGGCCGAGGGCAAUGGUCAUUCUGGCGCACUACAUGGUCUUUGUCAGGUAUGUUGACAGUUACUGGUGGUUCAAGGGCCGAGCGGAGAAGGAAAUCCUGGGCAUUCAAAGGUCUCUACCGGAGAAGUGGCAAUGGGCGCUGAGAUGGCCAUUGGCCGUGCUGUCCAGCCCGGAGUAUGCAAAGGUCGAUCCGAGGACGUUGUUUGGAGAUAUGAAUGUCGGCACAGGUGACCCUGCAGGUGGUAUUGGUACGAACACGCCCGGCGGACAGCCAUCGAUCUUCGAGCAGAGGAUGGCAACCGGUUGA